AUGGCAGGGUUUCCCAGGGUGCUUGGCUGUAUCGACUGUACCCAUAUACCAAUCUCUGCGUGUCAGGGAGAUAAUGAAGGCCACUAUGUAAAUCGCAAAUCAUUCCACAGCCUCAACAUGCAGGCCACAUGUGACCACAGGUGUAUAAUCACGAGCCUUGAGGCAAAGUGGCCUGGGUCAGUCCAUGACUCAAGGAUCUUUUCUGAGUCUUCACUGUGUCACAACCUCGAGCAGGGGCUCUUCAGUGAAGUGCUGCUCGGGGACAGGGGUUAUGCCUGCCAGCCUUUGAUGAUGACCCCGUAUCCUGACCCUGGUGAAGGGCCACAAACCAGUUUUAAUGUGACCUUUGGCAUACUGAAGGCCCGAUUCACCUGCCUGCGGGGGCUCAGAGUGGCCCCUGAAAGAACUUGCCGAAUCAUAACGGCCUGUGUUGUGCUGCACAACAUUGCCACAAUGAGGAAGGAGAGGGCCCCUCCUGCAAACCCCCAACCUCCUGAUGUGGUAGACCCCAUCACCCUGGACUACCCUACUGGCAGGGCUUUCAGAGAAGCCAUCACAUUAUUAUUUGCUUAA